AAUGGGAAAUUGACAAAGAGAUUGCAGCGAUAUUUGCUUGUGAAAUGAUUUAGAGUUUACCCAACAACAACAACAACAACAACAAGGCGAACGUGCUAUCUAUUAAUUUUCAAGAUGGAUUUCGCUAGAAAACAUUUAUCAAAGCAUGGGUGGACUGACGGUCAAGGCCUAGGUAAAGAUGAAGAGGGCAUCACUGAGGCAAUUAAAGUAAAAAUUAAGCAGGACAAGAAAGGUGUUGGACACAAUCCAGGUGAAGAGUUUUCAUUUCAUUGGUGGGAUCACGUCUUCAACAAGGCUGCCAGUAAAAUAGAAGUCAGUAGAACAGAGGAUGGUGUACAGAUAAAGAACAGUGGUGACACAAAAGUAUCAAAGACUAAAAAUUCUAAAACAUAUGACAAUAAGGCCAUGCUGUACGGCCAGUUUGUAAAGGGUUCAACAUUAUCAAAUGGUUUAGAGACAAGGGAAGCAACUCUUGAGGAGAGUAGUGAUGAAGAGCCAGGGGAGGAAACCCAAUGUCUCAUGCCAGACCAGGCAGAAGUUGUUUUUAAAAUGUGUGGGGGCAGAACUGCUCACAAGGGUGCAAGACAUGGAUUAAAGGCAAAUGGGAAAUUGUUGAGGAUUCAGGAGCAAGAAAAACUAUUAUUAGAACAGUACAAUUCAAAAUCAGCCAAUCAGAAAGAUCGUGACAUGUCAUGUGAUCAUGUAAAUGGACAAGUGAAUGACAGUAAUGAAAUGAAUGAGAACAAAGUUGAAAAUGAAACCUUGAAGAAAAGUAAGAAAAAGAAAAGAAAGCAUCAGGAUAAUGAUGUAAAUACAGAUGCAAUAAAUGAUGGUACUGUAGAUGAAAUAGAAAACGAAAGUAAAAUUAUAGAAUCUAAAAGCACUGAAGACUGUAGUAAGCCAAAGAAAAAGAAAAAAAGUAAGAAAAGUAAAAAGCGGACGGACAUGGAGAAUGUUGAGAUACAAGAUGAUGUUAUAGAUGGUAAUAAUGAUGACAUACCUGAUUCAGGUGUAGGUGAUGAUAUAGAUAGUAAAGCUGUGGAAAAUGACUUGGCAGAUAAUAAUGAUGGUAGAUCUAUUAAGAAAUUAAAGAAAAAGAAGAAGAAAAAACAAAGAGAUAUAUGAUUGAAUAGAAAACAGGAAUGAGAAUAGCAAAAUUUUUAUAUACAUGUAUUUAAUUGAAAAUGAUUAUUUAUAUUUCAAAGUUCACAAUGUGGAAAAUGAUUAUUUAAAUUUCAAAAAUAAAGUGUGAAGUGAAUUUUCGAAAUCUGAUUCAACUGAUGUUUAAGAAAUGACAGUAAAAACUUGUAACUGGUGUUAUUGUAGCAUUUUAUAGGUGCUUUGUGAUGUGUUAGUUGCAAAAUUUUAUGGAACAGUAUGUUUAAUAUGAAUUAUAUGAUUAUUUCAUUUUAUGAAAUUUUAGAUAAAUUUUAAAUGUUAGGAAGUUAUAUAUAGAUCUACAUGUACAAUUAAAUUAUUGUAUAACAUUAUAA